AUGAACAUCCAAUUCCAACCAAAAACAGCUUGUGAGUGUCAGUAUAAUAGGAUCCAGAACAGGACUCCACAGGAAGAAGAAGGCCUAAAACCAUACGAACACUAUUCAGAUCUUGACAAAGAGGCAAAAAUCACUCUUGAUUUCAUACCUGGAGGAGCAUCCACAAUUAGUGAAACAAAAACAAGGAAAUCAGCAUACCAAUGCCGACGCAACAAGCUAAGUGGAAAAUUAAAUUCUAUUCCAGGGGCCAUGAAAGGAUGGAAAGAAUGGAGAAAGACUUGGAGUGAUCUGAAAACCCGAACAAAGAAAAAAGUUUCGGAGAACAAGAAAGAGCAUAAUAAAACAGGUGGAGGGCCUCACACAGGCGACAUAAUCGAUGCAGAGGAUGACAAAAUUUUGGACAUCAUUGGAGGAGAUAUUUUAAUUACUGGUCUUGAUGCUCCUGAGGUGGAGCUACCUUUACCAGAAAAUAAAAAUUUUGAUAUAAGUAAAUGGGAUUACUUAAAAAACACCCAAGAAAGUGAAGAAAAUGAAGACAUGGUUGUAAUGGCUAACAAAAGACCAUCAACAUCAAAAGGUAAUGGGUCCUAUGAUUGAACGUUUACGUUAUCCGUAACGUACAUGUUAGGCCGAGUUUUAACAGUAACGAUGCAAGUUCGUAUGAUGGAAAGUUUUUCAUACCAGAUUACUGUUAUUUCCCGCCUGUUAUGUUCUAAUUUAACAUAUCUCCUCAACAGCUCCAAAUAACAUGCCGUUAAGUGCUUAACGUACAUGUUACCAAUGUUUUUUUAUUUUAUUUUUU